AUGCCGGACGAAGCACCGAGCGCUAACACGAGUCAAGCCAUCGGCAAAGUGACAAAGUUUGUGGUGGGAGCGGAUUGGGAGUCCUACACCGAACAACUGGAUUUUUACUUUCUUGCAAAUGGAAUCAAGGAACCUAAAACAAUGAAGGCCGUACUUUUGACGAACCUUCCGGUGGAGACUUACCAAUUGGCAAAGGAUUUAGUGGCCCCCACACAACUGAAAGAUGACGCCAUUACCUAUGAGAUCAUCGUGGAGCGAAUGCGGGAACAACUGAAGCCGGAAAGAUCAGCGCUGGUUGCGAGGUAUGAGUUCGACAACCGAGCCAGGAAUUCCGGUGAGUCAGUUAGUCAUUAUGUAGCCACGCUGAAGCACUUGGCCACAGAAUGUAAGUUUGGAGAGGCCAUGCGAACCGAGCGCCUUCGUGACCGAUUAGUUUCAGGUAUCCGCGACUCGAAGAUGAUUACGGAAUUGUUGAAAGUAAAACUCGCCGACCUUUCAUUUGAUCUCGCGGUUCAAAAGUGUUUGGCCAUUGAGCAGGCUAAUAAAGAUGUUCAGGUGCUUCAGGGAGAACAAGGGCCAGGCACCCCAAUCAAUAAACUUGACACUGUCAAAACUGGGGAAGAACAAGCCAUAUCCAAGCCACCACCUAGGGCCGAGGGUCCCCGAGGUAAGGACAGUAAGAAGUCUAAACCUUGUUACCGCUGUUCAGGGUCACAUAACUCACAAAAGUGUCCCUUCAUGAAAGAACGCUGUUUUCAUUGUGGCAUCAUUGGACAUACACAGAGAGCAUGUAGGAAGAGACAGGCCACCUCACAGAUGACUGAGGCUGGAAUAAAUGUCAUGGAGGGUGACGAUUCCGAAGAAAGUGAUGGAGAAUUUGGGAACCUGUACCAUGUCUCAGACAUUAAAAACACAAAGCCCAUUUCACUUAAGAUCUACCUUGAAGGCCGCCCAGUGACUAUGGAGCUGGAUACAGGUUCAGUGGUGUCAGUCAUGAGUGAGAGGGUGUAUUUGGAUUACCUCCGCCACAUUCCUUUAAAGGACACCUCCUUGAAGUUGCGCACAUACACAGGAGAGUCAGUGAAGCCUAUGGGGUUUUGCCAUGUGACUGUGCAGUAUCAGGGACAGUCAAAGAAACUUCCCAUAUAUGUAGUGAAGAAUGAGGGACCCACUCAUUUUGGCAGAGAAUGGCUGGAAUCUAUCCAUCUGGACUGGCCCUUACUUCGUCUGGAAACAUCCGACACCAUUCCAGCCCUGGAAGAUGUCCUGAGUAAGCAUGGAGAUGUUUUCUCUGAAGGUUUGGGCAAAAUGAAGAAUAUCCAAGCACGGAUCCUAGUUAAAGAGGAUGCCCGGCCUCGAUUCUGGAAAGCCCGCCCAGUAGCGCUGGCUCGUAAACCAGCAGUGGACGAAUCAUUGAGAGAGCUGGAAGCUGAAGGAGUUAUAAAGAAGGUAGCUACUAGUGAGUGGGCUGCUCCAAUUGUGACACCUGUGAAGAAGGAUGGCAGUGUAAGAGUGUGUGGUGACUUCAAAGUGACCAUCAAUUCACAGCUGGAGGUAGACGAGUACCCACUUCCCCGCAUUGAUGAUAUUUACGCCAGCCUAGGUGGGGGAACGUUGUUCAGCGUCAUUGACCUCCGUCAGGCUUACCUACAAAUGGAGGUUGAGGAGCACUCCAGGCCUUUCCUCACCAUUAACACAACCCGUGGUUUGUUCCAGUACCAGCGCCUUCCUUAUGGUGUAGCUUCGGCGCCAGCCAUCUGGCAGCGAGCUAUGGAUCAGAUCCUGCAAGGACUACCAGGGGUCUUCUGUUACCUGGAUGAUAUCAUUAUAACCGGCCAUACCAUAGAGGAACACCUGGAGCGGUUAGUCGCAGUAUUGAAGAGGUUGGAAGAGUAUGGUUUGAAAUCCAACCGAGAAAAGUGUAAAUUCCUUAGAAGUUUUGUGGAGUACCUAGGACACGUCAUCUCUGCAGAAGGACUGCACCAAUCCCCAAAGAAAGUAAAGGCUAUCACUGAGAUGCCGAAACCUCAGGAUGUUACUCAACUGCGUGCUUUUCUUGGCAUGGUCCAGUAUUACGCCAAAUUCUUGCCCGAUCUGGCCACUCAUCUUGCUCCACUUCAUCGGCUGUUACAGAAAGAUGUGACGUGGUUGUGGGGAGCUGCGGAACAAACUAGUUUUCUUGUGGUGAAAGAAAUGUUACUACAGGAUAGGGUUCUGACGCGCUAUGACCCUGACUGA